GCCAACCCGAGAGUCGCAUGAUUAAAACGAACUGCACUACAGUCGAUCAACUGAUUUUAAGAUUAAACUGCAUUCAUAAGUUUGUGCUAUUGAGCAAUAUUGGAGAUUUAAAACUGUUGCUGGAGGACAAGGACAAAAAUGACAUGCCUCUGACGGAUGUAAGAUUAGGAAAAAUUUUCCCCACACAUAACGAAGCUCCGCUGACCCGUUAAAUGAGAACAGAGGGGGCUCGGAGAGGGGCUGUGAAGAGGGGAUGAAGUAGGAAAUUAUGUUAAGACCUCACUGAGGGGGCGCAGUGAGUUUAAAGCACACGGAAAGAAGGACGAGGACAGUUGGGAAAGUUUGUCUCUCUCGAUUUCAGAAGUAAUCUUGAGGUAAUAUUAAUUGGUGCAAAAUGCCAGCAGACGAAGAACGGGAAAAACUGGCCCACAUCAUCAGACGGUGGAACAACAACAGACUGGACUUGUUUGAAAUAAGCGAACCGGACGCAAAUCUGGUGUUUCAAGGCGUGAUGCGGUUCUACUUAGAAGAUCGCGCCAGGCGAAACAUUGCGACCAAAUGCCUGCGUUUUUGCAGCGAAGCUUCGACCAGCGAGGUGGUCGAAGCUCUAGCCGAGAAAUUCCGGCCAGAUAUGAAAAUGCUGAGCACUUGUUAUUCCUUGUACGAGAUCCACGGCAAUAAAGAACGUCAACUGGACCCGGAUGAGAGACCUUUGGCGGUUCAGUUAAACUGGAACUCGGAUAACCGAGAAGGACGCUUCGUGCUCAAGCAAAGCAUGGAGACAACCGAGGAGAGCUGUCACAUCAAGGAAAAGGCGGGCGUGAUUCAAACCUUCAAGAGGACUUUAUCGAGAAAAGACAAGAAAAACAAAAACAAAGUGUCUGACAGGCCUGCGGGAGAUGAGAACAGUGCAAGUCAAAAGCCACUGAAUGGCAAUCCAGACGCACCGGAACAGUCCAAAGGAAAGACAAGGCAAGGAGAGCGGAAGGUUGACACAAACAGCCCCCCGCCUGACUUCUUCGACCAGCUUGGUUUACCACUUGGAAUUCAGCUCAGCGAUCACACUGAGGAAGCCUUCCUGGCGGCGGUCAUAAAUUACGCCAACAGCUCCACGGUUCACUUCAAGCUCUCGCCGGCGUACGCCCUCUACGCCGCAGGCCGCUUCGCACUGCAACGUCCGCACGCGUCGACGGGCUGCAUAACUUCCGUGGCGGACAAAAUGGUGGCCCUGACAAGCAAGGUCAUCCAGAGGCAGCAGGAUGUCGCCGGAGCUCUCGCCUUCUGGAUGGCGAACGCUUCAGAGCUGCUAAACUUCUUCAAACACGACAAGGACCUCAGCAGGCCCACGCGGCAAUGUCAGCUGGAUCUGUCCCGGCUGGUGCGCAAAGCUUACACUCACCUGAUUCAGUGUGUACAGAUCGAGCUAAGCAAGUAUUUGCCAACCUUUUUGAUUGAUCCUGAGCAACUUGGUCCUCUUCCUGCUGGCAUAGAGAUGGUGAUGAACACCUUGAUGAACACCAUGUCGCUGUUACGCCGCCACCAAGUCAACCCGGCCCUCGCCAUUCAGCUCUUCUCCCAGCUCUUCCACUUCAUCAGCACCUGGCUCUUCAACCGCCUCAUGAACCUCGACGCCAGCGCCCCGGGCCUGCGCUCCCACUAUUGGGGGGCGGCUCUCCGCCAGAGGUUGAGCGGCAUCGAAGCCUGGGCGGAGAGGCAAGGCCUGGAGCUGGCUGCCGACUGCCACCUGGGACGCGUCAUCCAGGCAACAAUGCUCCUGACCAUGAACAAAUACACCUUGCAAGAUGUGAAAGAGAUCCAGAACACCUGUUUCAAGUUGAAUUCACUGCAGCUGCGGGCUUUGCUAGCGGGAUACUUUUACACACCCAAUGAGCCUCGCAUCCCAGCGGACUUGAUCGAUGCCGCGGUGGCGGCCGCAGAGGCUUCGGCGGACAACCUGAUUCGGCAGGAAGGCCGAGACAUCCGGAUGGAGGAGGACCUCGACCUCCGCCUGCCCUUCCUGAUGCCGGAUGGCGGAUAUUCCUGUGACAACGUGACAGGAAUCCCUCCUGGCUUUCGCGAGUUUCUGGAGCCCAUUUGCCAGAGAGGUCUCUGCCAUUUAACCUCCCAGCAGAACCCGAAAGGUGAUUGGACCAUCUUCUUCACUGAACCAGGAACUCCAUACUUGGACAACCAGAGAGAGCCAGAGACUCUUACGGUCACCCUGAAGAAACCUCUCAACAGUGGCAUGGGGGUCAGCAUUGUGGCUGCCAAGGGAGCAGGCCAAGACCACCUUGGGAUUUACAUCAAGUCGAUUGUCAAGGGAGGACCGGCUGAGAUGAAUGGCCUGUUGACGGCGGGCGACCAGCUGCUCAGCGCGGACGGCCAAAGCCUGCUCGGCCUCAGCCAGGAAAGGGCGGCAGCGAUCAUGAUGCAAACCGGCCCUAUUGUGACCUUAGAAGUGGCGAAGUUUGGCGCCAGCUACCACGGCCUCGGUGCUCUGCUGGGCGAUCCCGCCCCCGCUGGGACUGCAGAGGGGGAUAACAGCCACGUUGAAGCAAACCGCGAGGAGAUGCUUCUGUACCCUGUCGAGGAUCCCGGUCCAUCGGAGCAGCCCGAGGGCCGGCGCAGCCGCGGCGGGAAAAUGAAAGAGCAGAUCAUGCAGAAGAACAGGCAAUUUUAUCGCUCCAACCCCAACAUGGCCGAUUUCACCCUGGAGGAUGGAGAUGAGCUCGCCAAUCGAGACGUGCGAGCGAACAAGUCGGUUUCCAACCUUUGCGCUGAUACAUUUCACCGAGAAUAUCUGACGCUCCCAACCCCGAAAUCUCAGGACAAAAACACAUCUGCAUCCGGUCGACCGCAGCAAAUGUUUCAGGUGUCUCUGAGGCCUUUGGCAGGACAGAGUUCUGUCCACAAAAGGACCUUGAUGCGUCAAGCUCUUUCACAGGAGAACUUGCGCGUGGACACAGGAGGCCCCCUGCUGGACACAAGUCAAACUAUCUGGCAGGGCCUGGGCACCAGGCAAAACUACCACUCGCACCUUCCUAUUCGCCCUAGCUUCUCCACUCAAAACAUCCUCGCUGACAACUGCUGUCCGGUCAAAGGGCAGCAGGGAACCCGCGCCGGUGUCUGGAGGACGCCCUUUUCACAACAGCCCACGCCGAUCCCCUCGAUCCAGCCCGUACGCAUCGACAUCCCUGUGACCAGGCGCAUCGUUUCUCACCCCAAUCCUCCGCUGACCACAUUCCAACACCGUUCCUGUCUGGUGGCACACCUCAAAGUAAACGGACACUCGAAUCAAAGGAGCCCGAAACCUCCCACCGCCAAGCAGCGACCACGGACCUCGCCGCUAUCCCAGCAACACGCGGCAAAACCUCAAGUGAGCAUCACUCCGACUAAGCACGUUUCCUUCCAAGAACCGCCGAGCCAACAGGGGCAAAGCGCUGGUCCGGUAGAGGCUAAAGACCUCCGGGAACCAAACGAGAAGCCAAAGCUGAACGAGGUCGAGCUCCUGGAGCGGGAGGUGAGGGCGCUUCAGGGCAAGGCCGAGCGCAGCGCUCAGGAGACCGAGCGACUUGGCAAUCUGAGCCUGGAGUGGCAGUUUCAGAAGAGGCUGCGAGAGAUCCAGCAACGGGGGGAGGACGAGGACGACGAGGACUUGGACAUGAUGGUGAUGAUACAAGAGCUGGAGAAAAGAGCUCAGAAAAAGAGAAGCCCACCAGGGAAUGCAAAUGACAAUUUGAAAGAGCAGACUAAAAGUCUUGCCACCACCCCAAAAGUUGAGAAAACAGAUGAUAUAUUAAGUGGACGGCUACAAGACAACAUGGUGUUUGCAGAGUGCCGGGAAGACAAAACACAGAAGAUGUCAGCUCCCGAGAAGCUGCCAUUCAAGGAGCGCCAGCGUCUGUUUUCUCUGGCAUCCAGUGCAUAAUUGGAGGCUGAAGCUUUGACAAACAUCCAUCCAUCCAUUUUGUGUAUAAAAAAAAAUCCCCAUACAAAGAUAUGUCAAUACAGAUGUUAGGGUUAGACCCUAACCUAACCCUAAAACAUGUCAGACUUUUACUAUGGCACUACACUUGAUCUUCGUACCCGUCAACGUCGCUUUCUUAAUAGCUUGAUCCAAUCUAAUGUCUCAAUUGUGUACUCAAAUAAAGCAUUAAAUCUA